GAGUGAGAACACGCUGUUCGGGAAUAUCGUUCCUUUGGGAUUAGCAGUUGUGUGCUGAUUCAGUGGGCGUGAACGGUAAUACAAGUGGUGAAGAAGGUUGUCAGUUGAGUGAGAACACGCUGUUCGGGAAUAUCGUUCCUUUGGGAUUAGCAGUUGUGUGCAUUACAAAGAGCAAGAAAACACUCAAAAGCAUUGACAAUACCAGAUCAACGUAGCGUCGGUUAGAUCAUGAGGUGAAAGUCCCUGAUUGAAUACAGCUAUGACAUGUUUUUUAAAAGCGUGUCUCGUCAAAUGCAUGAAAUACAUAUCAACACUUUUACAACAUAACCGCGCUGUCGGCCAUGUCUAAGAGUUUUACCUUGUGAUAUGAGACAGUUCUGACUAUGAAGGUGCCACGAAAUCGAAGCAUGGUUUGCCUUGGUUUUGGAGUAUCACUGUUUGCUGUUGUAGCGUAUGUGCUCACCAUAAACCAAAUUAAGUUUGCAAGAAAGGUUCAACCAAUGUUAAUGACACAGUACGAAUUCAAUGCAACAGCUAACCCUCCCACUUUACAGAAUGAAAAAUGCCCUAACGUCACCAAAGGCAUGAUGAGAGGAAAAUGGAGAAUUCGAAAACUUACGAGAACAGAGCAAUCUGAAAUUGAUGGAUUUUUGGCCAGAGCAAGAAAGGUUCAUGGCAUUCUCUCCUUGCAAAGGAAUGACAGUAAAUGCUGGAACAUAUCUCUCAGUAACAACUGGUUCCGUGCUCUAUGUAACCCAAAUGGUCCCACUCCUUGUUGUCAUGGUACCACUUGUGUAAAGAAAACCGUUGACGAGUGCAAAUGUCCGAACUGUUACGAUCACCGACACAACAUACAUGCAGAAUACUCUACGUGGGAGCCCGAAGAUAGCCGAUGUCAGGUGAAGAACUUUACAGCCCAGAAGGCAUGUGAUCUUCUACAGGGGCUGACAAUAACCUUUGUUGGGGAUUCUCUUCUGAGACACAUCUACACAGGGUUUCUUCUACUUCUCUCCAACAAUCCUUUUGAUGGGGCAAUAAAGACAGAUGCUCCCAAAGAUAUAAGAAAGCAGUGUGAAGGAAUGGACAUGUUCACUGAAAAGAAUUGUCGAAUUUGGUUGAAAAGAUACACUUUCGUGUGUAAUAACUCUAACUAUAUUGAGAUGCGGGAUACUUACAAGGCUAAGGAUGUGGGCAAUUUCAUGAGAGUGGCGAAGCAGAUGAUUAACAAGCAAAAUACAUUCAUAGUUCUCAGCAUCGGCUUACACGAUCAGCUUAAUUCCAAAAGAGUCCUUCAAGAUUUCAUGAUGCCUGUUUUCCGUCUAAAAGAAAAAGAAAAGUCCUCGUGGCCAAAGCUAAUCUGGUCUACGAUACACUCUAGAUCACAUCUAAUAUUUAGGAAAGACAUUCGUGAUCAUUUUAAGAAAACUAAAGUAUUCAACGAUAUUAUGACAACCCAUAUGAUACGCCAUGGAGUGCCAGUGUUUGACACGUUCAAUAUGACACAUGGCGUCGUGAGCCCUGAUGGCACUCAUUAUGGGAGUGGCAUUAAUAUCAUGAAAGCUCAAAUGUUGUUAAAUUUUCUUCAAGAAAUUAAAAGCAGCAAAUUAAAGAAUUAAAAUAAAUGGAUAUGACAGGCCUUUAGAUAGUCACAGGUAAUAUUAUGUACAGUUGAAUCUAUAAUAUAUAUCUCACUCUUAUACAGUAGACUACGGUUAUAACGAACUCGAGGGGACCACUUAUUUUAGUUCGUAAUAACCGUAGUUCGUUAUAAGAAUACAUACAGCAUAUAUACAACAAAUGG